UACCCGUGUCAUUGGGAUUUUUUUCAUUUACUUAUUUAUGAUUUUGGAGAGUGGGGUUGUGGGAGGCAUGUCUGACCAGCUUUGAAUGAAGAAACAUCUCACACAUAGGCCACAUUUGGACCACCCCCCCUAUUGAAACAGAGGUGGAGUCAGAUUGGGCUGUAGCCUCGCGCUCAUAAGCAGCCAGAGUUCUGCUUGGACACUAGGGCUCAGUAGUGAAGAGAUCUUCGUCGACUCAACAUCUUGAUCCGAUUUUUGUUUACUCGCCUGCUCGCAGUCCACCGGUGGCUGUGGACGUGGGUCCUUUCGGUCGGGGACCAGGGGCUGUGGGGACUGGGGGAAAUGACGCCCUCUUGGCCCCGCUGUUGGCAGGAGUCCAGCCUGCUGAUUUACAUGGGUGAAUCCCCCACGGGCCGUUGACUGAAUAAAAGAAAGAACAUGAAGUCCCUCUGCUGUCAGUCAGCCGAUGACAUAAGGACCAGCGCUUGACUGUAGAAAGAAAAAAAAAAAGAAAACUGGGAGGGGGAUUUCAAUCAGAGGGAAUCGCUCCGACAUUUGGUAAGCUUUCAGUAUUUACUGGUAUGAAAAUGGACUUCACCACCCCUCAGCCAACGGGGGAUCAAACUGUCACAAUGGCAAUGAUGCUCCUGGACAGCCUCUCUGGAAACGGAGAAAACGUGUCAUUGGAGGAUGGUGAAGCCAAUCAGUCGUGUCCCCAUGUUCAGGCCUUCGAGCACCAGAACAAGCUUGUUCCAGCCAUCUACAGCAUUAUCUUCAUCCUGGGCUUCGUUGGCAAUGGGCUGGUGGUGUACGUUCUGUGCCAGAAGGCGAGCCGCAGGACUGUGGCCAACACCUACAUGCUGAGCCUGGCCCUGUCUGACCUGCUCUUCCUCCUCAGCCUCCCCUUCUGGGCUGUCUACUACUCCUUUGACUACAACUGGGUGUUCGGCUCGCUCAUGUGCAAGGUGUGCGGAGGCCUGCUCUCCCUCAACCUGUACGCCAGCAUCUUUUUCAUUACCUGCAUGAGUGUAGACCGCUACCUGGCCAUCGUCUACCCCUUCCAGUCGCAGGGCAGCAGGAGCUUAUGCCGGGCACGGGCAAUCAGCUGCGUGGUGUGGGUGGCGGCCUGCGUCCCCACGCUGCCCACGGUGGUGUUCCGGGGCACCUUGUACGUGAAGCAGAUCGAUGUGAUGGUCUGUGCCAUCCUGUACCCCACGACCUCCUGGGACACGGGCCUGAGCUUGAUGAAGAACAUUCUAGGCUUCCUCUUGCCCUUCUCCAUCAUUGCUAGCUGCUACUGCAGCAUUGGCAAGCACCUCCUCACCUCCCCAGGCCUGGAUAACAGCACCAAGAACCUGGACCGGGUUCUAAGGGUGGUGGUGGCCGUGGUCCUGGCCUUCUUUGUCUGUUGGUUCCCCUUCCACGUGCUCACCUUCCUGGACACCCUGGCCAGGCUUGGGGCUGCCGUGCCCUGCUGGAUGCGGCAGACCAUCGAGGCAGCGCUCCCCUUCACGCUAUGCUUGGGCUUCUCCAACAGCGCCAUCAACCCCAUCCUCUACUGCUUCGUGGGCAACCACUUCCGUGAACAGCUGGGCAGCCUGUACAAGGCCCGGACGUCCAGCCUACUGCAGAAGAGGGGCUCGAUCAGCACGCGGCUCAGCUCUUUCUCCAGGAAACUUAGCGACUUGAAGGACCUGGGCCCUCUGGAGAAUUUGGGACAGCACAGUGCCCCCUAGUGGCUCCCAUUAACGUUAAUGGAUAGUUUCCCUUCAUUGACUUUGCAGAGGGGCUGUGACUUAUAAAAUCAGGGCUCUUAAAGCUCAUUGUUUCAACAGUACUGUCCAUAUCAAUCAUUGAGAGAGAGAGAGAGAGAGAGAGAGAGAGAGAGAUGGACAUUUACCUUGUUGCCUUGUGGAUGAUACAUUGUUCUGGGUAUUUUCAGCAGCCAUAACCACAUUUGUAUGGCAGCAGUUCACUUUCAUGUUGUUGUGGUUAUCCUUUGGAAAAAGUGUUUCAUCGCCUUGCUGAAAACUUAAUUUUCUGUUAGUUUUGUAUCACUUUAUAUAAACAAAAAGCUAUAUAUGGUAUAAAAUAUAAUUUUAUUUAAAGUGCACUUUUAAAUGGAUGCAAUUAAAGAACAGGCACCAUAAAACUUGUAUUUUUCUACCCGCAACUCAUUGUAACUCAUGUGUGACAGCUAAAUUCUGUAUCUCAUUUCUUUAUUAUGGUACUACACACUUCACUUCUGCCUGUCAUGAAGGUCUGUUUUAUAACAUGGAAAUGUUUAAUUCCUCCUAUUUGUUCUGACAGAGCAGCUGGAUUAUGUUUGGAGUACUCCCUCACAUUCCAACAAUAUUUAUCAAAAAAGUCAUGGAAGACAACUGUAAUAUUAUUUAUGUCUUUUUAUUCAGGGCCAAAAUUCAUAUUCAUGUUUUCUGAGUACCAUCAUUAUAACUUUGGGCAAAAAAUAUUUGUGUAGGUAUAUGACAUACGCUUGGAACUGUACUUUCGAUAAAUUAUAUUCUCAAAUAGUGAUGAUGUGCCUCCAUCAUGUUCUCUAUAUUACAAAUGGGUACACAGCCACUGUUAAUUCUAUAGCUUCUGAUUCUGAGUUGUACAAACAAUCCAUUGAAACACCUGGUUCUACUGAAGCAAUUCAGAUUAGCCAAGGGCAUCGCAUUAGUGCUUCACCUGGGAAAUGAACCUGCUGAAAAGGCAGAAGCUGCUUUUCCUCAUUACCAUGGCUAUACAUUUACUGCACUGUGUGUCUAUGCUGCUGGAGAAGGUGCCAGGCACCUGAUCAGCAAGAUGAGCUGACAUUGGAUGAUAUGACAGAGAAUGCCCUGCAGACUUAAACCCUCCUCCCCAAAAAAUUCCUUCCUAUAGUCAAAUAUGUGUCACCCUGGAAGACUCAUAUUAGGUUUUGCAAUCUUCUGAGUGAUAUAUCCCUCUCCUCAUUUUUUUUUAGAACCUAUGGAAUAAGGCUUUCUUUUGACAGUGCUUUAGCAUUUAAAAUGCAGUUCUGCUUGUGCUACUACUGACACUACUAAUACCAAUAUACAGUUUGUUGUUGCAGUGUGAACAAGGUGUAACUACAGUGCAUUAAUAAAAGGGGAAAAUAUGUUGUAUGCCCUAUUACGUUCAUACUGAACAUCAGUUCUAAAUAAAUAGAGUAGAAAAAGAAAUUAAUUAUAAUCUACACAAAUGUUGAAAUUGUGUCAUUUCAUUUAGGCCCUUAGAAUAUUGGAAAUAUUAUUCAUAUAAAAGUAUUAAAUACAUACUCACUGUUCUGCAGUCUGGCCAUGGAACAUGGAAUAGCGCACACAUAUAUAUAUAUAUAUAUAUAUAUAUAUAUAUAUUUUUUUUUUUUUUUUUUUUUUUUUGAUUGAUUAUUUUAAAAUGUUUCAGACAUUUCAGACAUGUUUAACACAAGAGCUGAAGCAGAGAAAAAACGUAUCAUUUUAAAUGUUUAUUUCAUAUACUUCAGUUCAGCAGAGGUGUCAACAGCGAUACUUUCUUUUCCUGUUAUAUAACAGUCAUAUUUUCUACAUACUGUAGAGAUCUACAGCCAUUAAUAAUGUAUGCUAAUUCUGUCCCACAUUAUUUCAUCUGAUGAAGCAGGUCUGCCUUCAAACCACUUUUGGCACAUAUUUGACUGUCACUUUUGUGUAACUUACAAACUCAGUCUGACUCUUCUACAAAUGUUAUUAUGACACCUGUUUUACAUUUUACAAACAAAAGUGAAGCCAGUAUUUCACACCUCAGGGAGAGAUAUUGUAGUGUACACAAUACUGCACACUAAUAGUGUGCAGAGCUGUGAUUGGACCGGCUCCACCAGACCUAUAAUUGAUCAUCUAGCCCAGCCAAAUCUCGACAUUCCUCAAACUUGAAGCGACUGGCUGUCCCCUCCCUACAUAGUUGCUUUACUCAGUCACACACACACACGCACACACACAUGCACACGCACACACGCAUGCACGCACACACACACAGAAAUAUAACAAAUAGCUCAAAGUAGGAAAAAAGUUUGAUUAACAUAUGAUUUAAAAAAUCUCUAAAUGGGAACACAAACCAAAUGUAUCUUUUGAUAUCAGAUGAUAGCAUCCACAGCUGCAUAUUUUGAUAAUCAAAUAAACAAACAAUGCCUAGCAUGACUAAUCAUAAAACAUUACAUUCAUUUCUUUAUUGUAUAUUUCUUGUAGCAAAUCUUUCAUCUUCUGGGACAGCACAUUGUCACUCAGUAUUCAUUGAAAAGAAAAAAAACUUUUUAAUGUGCCGUGGAAGACAGGAACAGCCCUGAGUGAAAAGUGCUGUAAAUAAGGCACAUAACUCAUUUGCUAGACUGACAGUAACAAACAAAAAAGGUGAUGUGA